AUGCCAGCUGUUACAGCGCCAAACGCAUUAAAUCGACCCCACAAAGGGAACCAGUUUAAUGAUGAUAAGUCCCCACCACAUCAACCAACACUGAACGGAACUCCGCAACUAAUCGGGAGCAUACAACGAACUCGACGACGGCGAGCACUUCAAAACAAGAUAGAUGAGGCUCGCAAUCGUCAUCAAGAAUGGGUGACACAAAAGGCACAACAAAUACGGGCACAAAGAACAGAUGCUGCAAAGUGGGUGGAACAGGAGCGGGAGCGGCGGGCAAAGGAGGCCGAGGAGGUGAAACGGCAGGCGGAGGAGGAGCUUCGGGCCCUGCAGAAGGAGCGCGAGGAGGAGGAGCGGCGGCGGGCAGAACUUGCCAAGCAGAAUCGUGAGGAGUCGGGGGCACGCAGGGAGGAAGUCCUGAG